AUGUCCGACCAUUCCAAAGAGCCUCCUCCCGCCACUGCCAUCCGACGCCACCCGCUGGCCGAGCUCACCGAGAGCGAGCUUGUAGCGGACGAUGAGCCAAAGCUCUUCCGCGGCGUCGCCGACGGGUGGCGAGCCGCGUCACGUUGGGGCAGCCCUUCGCUGCUAGCCGAGCACUACGGCCAUCUCGAGUUUGAGGUCGCCGCUGGCACGCACACGAGGCUCGCCGACUUCCUCGCUGAAACUGCGCAGGACGGCGGUCGCUACCUCGUCGAGACUGCGUUCAACGGAGAGAAAGCCGUCCUACUCAGUGACUACACCCGGCCUCCCGGCUUUGCGGACGCGCUCGACGAGAUCCCCGGCACGAUCAGCCGGCCACACUGGUUCGUCGGCGGACCCAGGACGGGCAGCAAGCUCCACGAUGACACACGCAUGACCUGCGGCUGGAGCGUCUGCCUUUUCGGCUGCAAGCGCUGGCUGCUGCUGCCUCCCGACACCGACGUGCACGGGCUGGGUCUCGCGCCGUACAGCCACGGCGUCGACAGCUGGCUGCGCGUCCGCGAGUGCCUCCAGCGGGCCGGCGAGCUCGUCUACGUGCCUGCGGGCUGGCACCACGCCGUCCUCAACGUGUGA